AUGGCGGUAUCAAACAACUUCAAAUCUGGCAAUAUUUCUUUUAGUGGGUAUCAUGCAGAAACCAAUGGUCUGCCUUCUACAGCUGUGUGCAAUAAUACACUAUUACCUCUGUUGCCGGAUCACAUUCAAUCACCUGCCACUGUUCGACAUUUAAUCAAUAUUAUAUCAUCUAUUAUUGAUAAUGUGAAUUAUGGUCAACCAGUUGUUAUUACUGCAGAUCAACCAGUAUUUGCGAUUGCUAAGCAACUUCAGUGGAAAUACCCUGAUCUUUAUGGUGAGGAUAAAAUGAUUAUAAUGAUGGGGGGACUUCACAUUGAGAUGGCUAUUGAAAAUAUGAUUGGAAAGUGGUUAUCUGGAAGCGGUUGGACCGAAUUAUUUUUCAAGACUGAAAUCGCAAGUUCUGGACGUAGUGAAACGUUGCUUAAGUCUUCACAUGUUAAAAGAACUAGAUACGCUCAUGAAGUUAGUAUUGCAGCACUUUACAUUCUAAGAAACAACGCAUAUAGAGAUAACCAAAAAACGGCAGUGGAGUCUCUGGAAACAUGGGUGGCUCGAAGAUGCAAAGAAUCUGCUCAGUUUUUAUUUUGGCAGACGACCAUAAUUUUGGAGGGCAUAUUACUUAACUUUGUUCGUAGCAUACGUACUUCUGAUUUCUGUUUAUUUGUCCAAAUGCUCGAAGAGCUUUGUCCUUGGUUGUUUGCUUUAGAUCUUAUUCAUUAUUCACGAUGGCUUCCUGUUUUCAUAAAAGGGCUCAAAGAACUACCAGUGCGACACCCGCAAGUUUAUGAAGCAUUCCAGAAAGGUCAUUUCACAAGUAGAAAAACUAAUGCUGAUUUCUCCGCAAUUUCCGAUGAUCAAUUGCAUGAACAAAAUAACAAACUAAUAAAAGGAUGUAGUGGAGCUAUCAACAAUUUGCAUAAUAAUGAUGAACUACUUAAAAUAGAAAAUGUAUGCCUGGUUGACAUAUCUCCUGAGGCCAGUGAUGGCACCAAAUAUUUUGGAGUCUUUUAUAUAUUGCAACAAUUGUUUUUUCCACCGGAAAGUAGUGAUACAGCAUUAGUACUCAUAUUGAAGAAGUUCUUUCAAACCUAG